AUAUCUUUCUACGUACACAUACCACGCCUUAGCUAACACCCUACGAUGAGUGAAGCAGAAAACCUUUCCUUCGAGCCGGACUGGCGCUUCUGGUUGAUUUAUGUCUCUCUGUGUCUCAUCAGCUUUGCGGCUGCUGUCGAUAACACUAUCGUGUUUACCGCCCUACCCUCUAUUACUCGAGCUAUUGGCGGAAGUAACCACUAUAUAUGGAUCGCAAACUCGUACGUUAUUGCUAGCACCGCUGUCAUGCCCUUGUUUGGCCAGGUGAGCAACAUUUUUGGGCGUCGUGUGCCUAGUAUUAUUGCUGUUACAAUCUUCGCCCUUGGUAGCGGCAUAGCAGGAGGUGCGAGUAACGUUGCGAUGCUUAUUAUAGGAAGAGCUAUACAAGGAGUAGGAUGUGGUGGUAUAUUUGUUCUUCUAGACAUUAUUAUCUGCGAUCUAGUACCUUUACGUUGGCGUGGCCAAUAUCUUGGUCCUAUUGUUGGCGCUGGUGGUUUAGGUUCUACCCUUGGACCAGUUCUUGGCGGUGCACUCGUCAAAGCAGGCUGGCGCUGGGUCUUCUACAUAACCUUGCCUUUCUCUGGUCUCGCCUUACUCGUCAUGACGAUCUACCUCAAUUUGAAACAUGAUCGAGAGCCAUCAUGGAGACAGAAACUUAUUCGGACCGAUCUCCCUGGAAACGCGCUCUUUGUAGCCUCGAUAACGGCAAUCCUUGUGGGUCUCAUCAUGGGUGGAGUUACAUACCCGUGGUCAUCGUAUCACGUUCUUGUUCCCAUCGUUCUGGGUUGCGUCGGUUGGGUGUCCUUCCAUGUUUACCAAAUGUCUCCAACUUGGUGUCCCGAACCUACUAUUCCACCACGGCUCUUUCGGAAUAGAACAUCAACCAUUUGCUUCAUACUUAGCUUCCUUUCGGGUAUGCUUCUUGAGUGGAUUGUCUACUUUUACCCCCUUUAUUUUCAGGCGUUAAAAGGGGCAAGUCCACUACGCUCAGGCAUCAACACACUGCCUUUCAAUGCUUGUCUAAUGCCAGCCGCCAUGAUUGCGGGGGUAAUGAUGAGCAAAACUGGACACUAUCGACCACUUCAUAUAACAGCGUACGCACUCGUCGCAGUUGGCCUUGGCCUUAACGCUACUCUCGAUGCGGCAUCAUCAACCGUCACCUGGGUUUUCUUUCAAAUAAUUCUCGCUUUGGGUAUUGGAUGCACAUUCGUCACACUUCUUCCAGCAAUUCAAGCCGGUCUUCCCGAGUCAGACGUUGCUAGUGCCACAAGUCUUUACGCAUUCUUCCGCAGUUUUGGGUUCAUCUGGGGGGUCACCAUCCCAUCAUUGAUCCUCAACUUUCGCAUCGACAAAGGUCUUUACACUAUCAGCGAUCCAAUCGUGAGAGAUCUGAUGGCCAACGGAGGCGCUUAUGAGUUUAUUGCUGGAGGCAACAUACAACAUCUCCCCACAACUACAAUGGUCCAAGUUCUGGAACUUUAUACGGUGGCCUUACGUCUUUCAUGGUUAGCAUCGAUCGCUUUCGCCCUGCUCGGUUUUUUUCUAGUUCUCGGCGAGAAGCAUAUUGAAUUAAGAAAGGAGUUAGACACGGAUUAUGGAUUGCAAGACAUGGAAGGGCAUGACAAACAAGCGGAUGCCGUUGACGAGGUGAAAGUUCUGGAUGUGCGUAGUGAGAACAUUCUUCCAUGA